AAUUUUAUGAGGAGAGUAUUUUAUCCGUUACUCCAACUAAACAUCACCUUAAUAUCUUGGCUGGAGCCGCCGCAUGGAGCAGUAAUGAAAAAACAAAUGUUCAUUGAAGGCCAUGUAUUAAAAAAUAGUUGAGGGGUCCGAGAAAAAUAUUUAUCAUCUGACAUUGUCGUUUCUGCAGUCUCCUGUUUUUCAUCGAUAUUUUCGAAGACUAAAAAUAGAAAAUGGUCGGACCAACAAGUCGUCCACAGUUUGUGCUGUUUGGUUCAUCCAUAGUACAGUUCAGCUAUAGUUAUCAAGGAUGGGGUGCAAUUCUCGCUGACCUUUAUGCUCGCAAGGCAGAUAUAGUGCUGCGUGGAUAUGCCGGUUGGAAUUCAAGGUGCGCUCUUCAAGUCUUGGAUGAAGUGUUCCCCAAGGAUGCAGCUGUGCAGCCUUCUCUGGUCAUAGUUUAUUUCGGAGGGAAUGAUUCCGUGGAGCCUCACCCAAGUGGCCUGAGUGCUCAUGUUCCUCUUCUUGAAUAUGUAGAGAACAUGAGGAAGAUCGCAAUUCAUCUGAAGAGCCUCUCUGAUAAGACACAGAUAAUCUUUCUAAGUGCUCCUGCUGUGAAUGAGGCACAAAUCACAGAAGUGUUCGGUAACGGCCUUGGUCGAUCAAAUGACUCCUGUCGGAAAUAUUCAGAAGCUUGUAUACAGUUGGGCCAAGAACUGGGUGUGAAGGUUAUUGAUCUUUGGACAACACUUCAGCAAAGGGAUGAUUGGUUGACUGCUUGCUUUACGGAUGGGAUACAUUUAUCAUCUGAAGGCAGCAAGCUUGUUGUCAAGGAAAUCUUAAAAGUUCUCAAAGAGGCAGAGUGGGAACCAAACCUGCAUUGGAGAUCAUUGCCUAUAGAAUUCCCUGAAAUCUCUCCAUACAUCUUUGUUGAUCCCAAGGGUGAGACCGCUGUGAACGUUUCGCAGUUGGAUCUUGAAUGGCAGACUCAGUGGCACUAAAUUCAGACUAUGAUUGUUCAUAAGCCCAUGGUAGUAAGAUAUCACAUCAAUUACACCUCUAUGUUUGUUGUUUUGCUGUUUUGGUCCAUUUCAUUCCAAACAAUGUUUCGAUGCAACUCGUUACUAUGAUAAUUCAUCAUAACUUGAAUACUUAUACAUUGAUCGUGAACCUACCACAAUUGUCCUCCUUUAUUUGAACGCGGGAUUCACUAUGCUCAUGAAUAUCGAAAUCUCAAUUUGAUUA